AGUAAAUGACUCUUGGGAAAAAUUAACCAGUUCUUGGCAACUCUGAAAUCAUGGCUCAUGAUUUGGUGAUGUUCAGAGAUGUGACUGUAGACUUUUCGGAAGAGUGGGAAUGCCUGAAACUCAAAUCAGAGAAUCUGUACAGAGAUGUGAUCUUAGAGAACUAUAGCAACUUGGUGUCACUGGGAGGCUGUUCCAUUUCUAAGCCAGAUGUAAUUACUCUGCUAGAGCAAGGGAAAGAACCCUGGAUGGUUGUGAGGGAUGAGAAAAGAAGAUGGAGCCUAGAUUUGGAAUCCAGAUAUGACACUAGAAAGUUAUUUCAAGUAAAGGAUAUUUGUGAAAUGAAUUUAUCUCAGUGGGAGAUAAUGGAAAGAAUUAGAAGUUGUGGACUUGAAGACUCCUUUUUUAGGAAAGAUUGUGGAUAUAAAAAUUUUGAGGGACAAGAGGCAUAUUUCAGGCAAGUGAAAAAAACCACCUCUGAAAAAAUGACCAAGAACAGAAAACGUACAUCUCUUCCUCUGUAUCAGAGAAUUCACAAUAGAGAGAAACCCUAUGAAUGUGGGGAUUGUGGGAAGGCUUUUAGAGUUCGCCAACAACUUACUUUCCAUCAGAGAAUUCAUACUGGUGAGAAACCCUAUGAAUGUAAAGACUGUGGAAAAGCCUUUAGACAGUGUGCCCACCUUAGUCGACAUCAGAGAAUUCAUGCUUCUGACAAACUCCUUGAAUGUAAAAGAUGUGGAAAGAUAUUUACGUGUGGUGCAGAUCUUCGUGUACAUCAGAGAAUUCAUAUUGGUGAGAAGCCCUAUGUGUGUAAGGAAUGUGGGAAGGCUUUUAGAGUCCGAGGACAACUUAAUCUCCAUCAAAGGAUUCAUACUGGUGAGAAACCCUAUGAAUGUAAGGAAUGUGGGAAGACCUUUCGACAAUAUGCACACCUUACUCGACAUCAAAGACUUAAUAUUGCUGAGAAGUGCUAUGAAUGCAAGGAAUGUGGACAGGCUUUUCUGUGUAGUACAGGCCUGAGAGUACAUCACAAACUUCACACUGGCGAGAAACCCUAUGACUGUAAAGAAUGUGGAAAGGCCUUCAGAGUGCGGCAGCAACUUACUCUUCAUCAGAGAAUUCACACUGGGGAGAAACCCUAUGAUUGCAAGGAAUGUGGGAAGACCUUUAGUCGUGCCUAUCACCUAACUCUCCAUCAGAGAAUUCAUACUGGUGAGAAACCUUAUGAAUGUAAGGAAUGUCAGAAGUUCUUUCGUCGUUACUCAGAACUUAUUUCACAUCAGGGUAUUCAUAUUGGAGAGAAACCCUAUGAUUGUAAGGAAUGUGGGAAAGCCUUCAGACUGUUUUCACAGCUUACUCAACAUCAGAGUAUUCAUUUUGGUGAGAAACCUUAUAAGUGUAAGGAAUGCGAAAAGACUUUUAGACUUCUCUCCCAACUUACUCAACAUCAGAGUAUUCAUACUGGUGAGAAACCUUAUGACUGUAAGGAAUGUGGAAAGGCCUUUAGACUUCAUUCAUCACUUAUUCAACAUCAGAGAAUUCAUUCUGGUGAGAAACCAUACAAAUGUAAGGAAUGUAAGAAGGCAUUUAGACAACAUUCACACCUUACUUACCAUCAGCGAGUUCAUAAUGUUACUAAAUUAUGAGAAAGCCAUCUACGUGAAAUUUGUCUUAAGGAGCAUUAGAAAAUAAAUUCUAAAAAGUGUUUGGAUGUAGGAAUCACUUUUGCUUCAUGUUCACAAUUAAUAUAAGAGGUUUUAUUUAAAAGAGAAGUUUAAUAAAUAUGUAGAUAUAUUUCAUCACCAUUCAAACUCAGUUCAACUUUAGGGGAUUCAUCCCAGAAAGAAGCUCUCUUCGGGGAGUGAAUGUGGAAAAGCUUUUGAUUACCUGUUACCACCUCUAUUCUUUCAUCUCUACAGUAUACCUCUGGGGGUUGCCAGCACACCAUCUCAUUUUGGAAAUGAUAAAUACAGGGAAAGAAAAGUCAUUUACCCUGCAUUUACUGUAUAAACUGUAUUUUAAGGCAACUAGAAGUUGAUGAGGUAAAGUUCUUAGAGAAUUUUACAACACAUAGUAAAACAAUGGAUCUAAGCACAAGUCUCAGUAGAAGUUUAAGGCACUUAGGUGAACGGUGGAUAUGAACUUCGUAGUGAAUAGAUCAGGUUAACAACAUCUGAACCCACUGAUCAAUUUUAAUCUCAUCAAAAAUAGGACAAAAGGUUUUAUGCUUCCUAAUAAGAUAUAAUAAGACAUACCAUUGCCAAAAAUUUGUACCUGAAUCUAAGGAUCAAGAUCCCAGUUUAGAGAAAAUUUGGGAAACAGAAGAACAAAUUACAUGAUACACCAAAAAUCAGACAAAUCUAAAAUCUAAAGUGUGUAAUUUACAAGAAUAAUGACUCAGCUUCUCAACCAAUAACAUGGCACUGAAAAAAGGGAGGUGGAACUCUUAGACAUUAAAAGAGUCCUAAGAGAUGUAUCAAUGAAAUGCAGUGAAUGAGUGGUUCUUAUUUAGAUCGCAAGUCAAACCAAAUUAAAAAAGACUUUUAUGACAGUUGGGGAAAUUGGACUAUUGACAGUAUUGGAUAAUUUUAAGAAAUUAUGUUCUUGUUAGAUGUGGUAAUAACAUUGUGUUUAUGUAAAAGUGUCUUAGAGAUAAAUUAGGAAGUUUAUACACAUAAGAUAUGUCUGGAAUUACCUUUAAGAUGCUCAUGCAAAAAAGGAGUCCUCUUGUGGCACAGUGGGUUAAGGACCUGGUGGUGUUACUGCAGCAGCUUGAGUUGCUGUUGUGACAUGGGUUCAAUCCCUGGCUGGGAACUUUGCAAAAUUAUGGUAAGAUGAGUCUUGAGUACAUGGUUUUUGCUUGUUCAUUUUGCUACUUUCUCUUCAUGUAUUUGAAGUUUUCCAUAACUUUUUAAAAAGAUAUGUAUGAAAUUUUAA